CAGUGUGAGUGUAGCCAGAUCCUUUUCACUCUCUAUCCUUGUUUCAUUUUGUGGUUCACCGGAUUCAUCAUCGAGACGAGGGACAGACGAACGACCUGCUAACUAACCAAGCUAUUCGGUACAGCUCGACCAAUCCAGCAGGAGAGACCAGCCUCCCCUGUUCCCAGCUGUGUGUCCAUGAAGAGUGACGGGUCUAUGGAACCCCCUAUAUACUUUAGAGAGGGAGACUUUUCUACUGAACAAAGACCAAUCAAGCAGGAGAGACCAGCCUCCCCUGUUCCCAGCUGUGUGUCCAUGAAGAGUGACCAGUCUAUGGAACCUCCUAUAUUAUUUAGAGAGGGAGACUUUUCUACUGAACAAAGAAACCAACAGGAGAGAUCAGAGUCAGAGAUUCUCAGUGGUCAGUCUUCCCAGAGUCAUCAAACAGACCUGGCCUCCAUAUUCAGUUUGCUUGAAGAGAAAAUGAUGACAUUUAUGAAGAACGAGCUGAGGAUGUUCAAGAGGAUUCUUAGUCCAGAACUCCCAGAAGGCUUUGAGAGUCAGAAGCAGGAUAAGGAAGUGGUGGAUGCUGAAGAUGAGAAGCAGGAGAGCAGUGCCAGAGAGGGGGCUCUGAAGAUCACACUGCACAUCCUGAGGAAAAUGAACCAGAAGGAGCUUGCUGACACACUGGAGAAAUAUUCAGAUGAUCUUGCUGUGAUUUGCCAACGUGAACUCAAAUCUAAUCUAAAGAAGAAGUUUCAAUGUGUUUUUGAGGGAAUCGCUAAACAAGGAAACCCAACACUUCUCAAUAAGAUCUACACAGAGCUCUACAUCACAGAGGGUGGAACAGGAGAGGUCAAUAAUGAACAUGAGCUGAGACAGAUUGAGACAACAACCAGGAAACAAACAAGACCAGAGACUGCAAUCAAAUGUAACGACAUCUUCAAACCCUUAACUGGACAAGACAAAUGUAUCAGAACUGUGCUGACAAAGGGAGUCGCUGGCAUUGGAAAAACAGUCUCUGUGCAGAAGUUCAUUCUGGACUGGGCUGAAGGAAAAGCAAAUCAGGAUGUCCAAUUUGUAUUUUCAUUCCCUUUCCGGGAGCUGAAUUUGAUGAAAGAGGACAAACACACUUUGGUUGAUCUUCUUAAUCACUUCUCAAUGGAAACCAAACAAUUAAGAAUCUCCAACUACGACAAGUACAAAGUUCUGUUCAUUUUUGAUGGUCUGGAUGAGUGCCGACUGCCCCUAGACUUCCAGAAGAACAAGAUCUGUUGGGACGUCACAGAUUCAACCUCAGUGGAUGUUCUGCUGACAAAUCUCAUUAGGGGAAAUCUGCUUCCCUCUGCUCUCCUCUGGAUAACUACCCGACCUGCAGCAGCCAAUAAGAUCCCUUCAUGGUGUGUUGACCAGGUGACAGAGGUACGAGGGUUCAAUGACCCACAGAAGGAGGAGUACUUCAGGAAGAGAUUCAGUGAUGAUGACCUGGCCAGCAGAAUCAUCUCACACAUAAAGACAUCAAGGAGCCUCCACAUCAUGUGCCACAUUCCAGUCUUCUGUUGGAUUUCUGCAACAGUCCUUGAACACAUGCUGAAACAUAAGAGAGAAGAGAUGCCCAAGACUCUGACUGAGAUGUACACACACCUUGUGGAGUUUCAUACCAAACAGAAGAAUGAAAAGUAUCUUGGGAAAGAAGAGACAGGUCCACACUGGAAUAAAGAGAGCAUUCUGUCACUGGGAAAACUGGCUUUUCAACAGCUUGUGAAGGGCAAUCUGAUUUUCUAUGAAGAAGACCUGAAAGAGGCUGGAAUUGAUGUCAAUGAAGCCUCAGUGUACUCAGGAUUGUGCACACAGCUCUUUAAAGAGGAAUGUGUGCUGUACCAGGACAAGGUGUACUGCUUCGUGCAUCUGAGUAUUCAGGAGUUUCUGGCUGCUGUAUAUGUGUUCCUCUCAUUCAUCAACAACAAUGAGAAUCUAAUGGACAAACUGCAAACAAACAACGAGUCUGAAGUUACUGUCUACAAGAGUGCUGUGGAUAAAGCCUUACAAAGUGAGACGGGAAACCUGGACCUUUUCCUUCGCUUCCUUCUGGGCCUCUCACUGGAGUCCAAUCAGAAGCACUUACGAGGUCUACUGACAAAGACAAGAAGCAGCUCACAGAGCCAUGAAGAAACAGUCAAGUACAUCAAGGAGAAGAUCAGGGAGAAUCCCUCUCCAGAGAGGAGCAUCAAUCUGUUCCACUGUCUGAAUGAACUGAAUGACCAUUCUCUAGUGGAGGAGAUCCAAAGAUACCUGAGAUCAGGAAGUCUCUCAGAACCCAACCUGUCACCUGCACAGUGGUCAGCUCUGGUCUUUGUGUUGCUGACUUCAGAAAAGGAGCUGGAUGUGUUUGACCUGAAGAAAUACUCCAGAUCAGAGGAAGGUCUUCUGAGGCUGCUGCCAGUGGUCAAAGCCUCCAGAGCUGUUCUGCUGUCAGGCUGUGGAGUCACAGAGGAAGGCUGUGCUUCUCUGGUCUCAGCUCUGGAGUCAAACCCCUCACACCUGAGAGAGCUGGAUCUGAGUAACAAUGACCUGAAGGAUUCAGGAGUGAAGCUGCUCUCUGCUGGACUGGGGAAUCCCCACUGUAAACUGGAGACUCUGAGGCUGUCAGGCUGUGGAGUCACAGAGGAAGGCUGUGCUUCUCUGGUCUCAGCUCUGGAGUCAAACCCCUCACACUUGAGAGAGCUGGACCUGAGUAACAAUGACCUGAAGGAUUCAGGAGUGAAGCUGCUCUUUGAUGGACUGGGGAAUCCCCACUGUAAACUGGAGACUCUGAGGCUGUCAGGCUGUCUAGUCACAGAGGAAGGCUGUGCUUCUCUGGUCUCAGCUCUGAGGUCAAACCCCUCACACCUGAGAGAGCUGGAUCUGAGUAACAACGACCUGAAGGAUUCAGGAGUGAAGCUGCUCUCUGCUGGACUGGGGAAUCCCCACUGUAAACUGGAGACUCUGAGGCUGUCAGGCUGUCUAGUCACAGAGGAAGGCUGUGCUUCUCUGGUCUCAGCUCUGAGGUCAAACCCCUCACACCUGAGAGAGCUGGACCUGAGCUAUAAUCACCCAGGAGACUCAGGAGUCAGACUGCUCUCUGCUGGACUGGAGGAUCCACACUGCAGACUGGAGAAACUCAAUGUGGAACAUGGUGGAGAGAACAGAAUGAAACCUGGACUUAGAAAAUAUGUCUGUGAUCUCACACUGGACCCAAACACAGUAAACAGACACCUCUCUCUGUCUGAGGAGAACAGAAAGGUGACAUGGAGGACAGAGGAGCAGCCGUAUCCUGAUCACCCAGAGAGAUUUGAGGACUGUGGACAGGUGCUGUGUAGAGAGGGUCUGACUGGGUGCUGUUACUGGGAGGUAGAGUGGAGUGGGAGAGAUGCUAUUAUAGGAGUAACAUAUAAAGGAAUCAGCAGGAAAGGAAGAGGAGGGGGUAGGGACUGUUAUCUUGGACACAAUGACAAGUCCUGGAGUCUGUUCUGCUCUAACAACAGUUACGCUGCCUGGCACAAUAAUAAUCCCACUACCAUAGACGUCCCCUCCUCCAGCUCCCACAGAGUAGGAGUGUAUCUGAACUGGCCAGCCGGCACUCUGUCCUUCUAUAGAGCCUCCUCUGACACACUGACCCACCUGAUCACAUUCACCUCCACAUUCACUGAGCCCCUCUAUCCAGGGUUUAGGGUUUAUUAUGACUCCUCAGUGUCUCUGAAAUAAUAACCUGACACACACACACACACACACACACUGACGCAAACAAACAGGCACUGGACACACACACACACACACUGGACGCACACUGGACACACACACACUGGACACACACAUACACACUGGACACUCACACACACACUGGACACUCACACACUGGACACUCACACACACACUGGACACUCACACACUGGACACUCACACACACACUGGACACUCACACACUGGACACACACACACACACUGGACACACACACACACACUGGACACACACACACACUGGACACUCACACACACACUGGACACUCACACACACACUGGACACUCACACACACACUGGACACACACACACACACACUGGACACACACAUUAACACACACACACACACACACACACACACUGGACACACACAUUAACACACACACACACACACACUGGACUUACAAACAUACACACUCACUAACACACAUACACAGAUACACUGGACACACACACACACACGAAUGACAUACACACACGCACGACAUACACACAUUCACAAAAACACACACGCUGGACACACACGCAUUCAAACACACUGGACAAACACACCGACACACACACGACAUAAACACACACACAGACUGGAGGCACACACGGACACCCCCACACACUGGACAUACACACACACACACACACACACACAAACUGGACACACACACACACACACACUGGACACACACACACACAAACAAACACACACACACACAAACACAGUGGACACACACACACACACAAACACAGUGGACACACACACAAACA